GCUUUUACUCUUUGGUUUCCGGCCCUGUGCUUGGCGGCUCCGGGUGCUCGGAUUCCUGGAGACGCUCUCUGCACGUGGAGAGGCGUGUGGCCCCCAAGACCUCGCCCGCCCCAGCCACAUGUUCGAGGAGCCGGAGUGGGCCGAGGAGGCCCCGGUAGUCGCGGACCUCGGGUCUGUAGCCUUACGGCCUCGGCCCACGCCAGCCUCGCAAAUCAAGGGCUCCAAGCAUCACCAGCUCUUGGCUACAUUACGAGCCCUGGAGGCAGCAUCUCUUCCCCAGCAGCCCCCUAGUCUGCCUGGCAGCGACUCUGAGGAGGAGGAGGAGGUGGUGGAAAGGAAGAAGAAACGCCCAAAAAAGGCCUUGUUUGCCAGUGCUUCUACUGAAGUAGAGGAGAAAAGGAAGAAGAAAUGUCCAAAACAGGGCCCACCUAGCAGUGACUCCAAGGAAGAGAAAGUGGAAAGGAAGAAGUACCACGAAGGAGCUCUUCUGGGCAGUGACUCUGCUGAAGAAGAGACAAGAAAGAGGAAAUGCCAGAAACAGGCCCCUUCAAAUCCUGCCCAGCCUCUGGGCAGUGUUGACCAAACAGGUUCCAAACCUUGGAAUUCUAGUCCUACCAGGCCAAGCCCUGAGACCCCUUCCUCUAAUCCUCCCCAUACCCUGAGUCGCAAGCAGUGGCGGAACCGGCAGAAGAACAAGCGUAGACAGAAAAACAAGUUUCGGCCGCCUCAGCCACCAGCACAGGCCCCGGCCCCAGCCCCAGCUGCCACAGAGGAGUCAGAGGUGCCUCCUGCCCCCAUUCCAGGCAGCCAUGGAGCCCGGGCGGAGGCUCUGCGAGCCCGCAUGGCCCAGCGCCUGGAUGGUGCCCGGUUCCGCUACCUCAAUGAACAGCUGUACUCAGGGCCGAGCAGUGCUGCACAGCGCCUCUUCCAGGAAGACCCUGAGGCCUUUCUUCUCUACCACCGUGGCUUCCAGAACCAAGUCAAGAAGUGGCCACUGCAGCCGGUGGACCGCAUUGCCAGGGAUCUUCGCCAGCAACCUGCAUCCCUGGUGGUGGCUGACUUUGGCUGUGGGGACUGCCGCCUGGCUUCAAGCAUCCGGAACCCUGUGUACUGCUUUGACUUGGCCUCUCUGGACCCCCGGGUCACUGUGUGUGACAUGGCCCAGGUGCCUUUAGAGGAUGAAUCUGUAGAUGUGGCUGUGUUCUGCCUUUCACUGAUGGGAACCAACAUCAGAGACUUCCUAGAGGAGGCGAAUCGAGUGCUGAAGCCAGGGGGUCUCCUGAAAGUGGCUGAGGUCAGCAGCCGCUUUGAAGAUGUUCGGACCUUUCUGGGGUCUGUCACCAAACUGGGCUUCAAGGUCAUCUCCAAGGACCUGACCAACAGCCACUUCUUCUUGUUUGACUUUCAAAAGACUGGGCCCCCUCGGGUAGGACCCAAGGCUCAACUCUCAGGCCUGAAGCUUCAACCUUGUCUCUACAAGCGCAGGUGACCUCUGGACCUCCCCUUGAAAGGGGAGGCAAGUCUUGAACUCAGGCUCAGUACUCUGAAGACUGUAUCCAGCCAGGCUGUGACCCUUACUCCAUCCCAGGAACAAAAUGUAAUGAAACCCCUGGUUCAUCCCUGCUCUAAUGAAGGCUUCUUGGUUCCAGGAAGCAUAAAGUCUUUUGAGCAAGCUAGAGAAUAAGGACUUUAUUGUGAGAACACAGGAGUAUCUGGGAAUUAUGGAUCCCCUCAGCGUCAUGGAAACCACAUGGUUUGGAAUUCAAGGCAUCUCUGGGUUUGGCUCCUCUUUCCAUCUCUCAGGAGCCACAUGGGCGUUCUGUUCUAGCAUCUCCACUCUUCUCUAUCCUGAUUUUCCUGUCUGCGCACCAGCUCCUUCUGUUCACCCAUAGCUUCUGCAGCUUUGGUCUGCCCAGGCCAUCAAGGCCUUAGGCAGGCAUUGCUUCUUGGCUCUGAGGCAGCUGUAGCCCACCAACCUCCUGGCUGAGCAUAUCAGUCUGGGCUUCUAGGUCAGGAUGUUUGAUUGUUCCAGCACUGAACGCUUCUUUCCCCUGAUCCUCAUCUCCUUCUUUGGAGCUAUAUGGCCCAAACUACUCCUAGCAUCUAAAAAAUUUUCCCGUAGGGCCCUGUUGUGUGUCUAGCUGAGAGCACAGACUUUGGAAUUGAGUAGGCCUGCCACUGAUUACUGAGAGCCUUUUAAUCUUUGAAUGUCAUAUUACUCUUUUGGAAAAUGGUAGGAUUCCUGUCUCAUGGGAUUGUUGUGUGGGUUAAUGAGGAAAUCUGUAGCCAGAGCUGGGUGCAUAGGAGGUACUCAAUAAACUGUAGCUGUGGCUGUUGUGUGUUGUGUUAUUGUUUUCUAAAGCCCUUCCUUAGGCAGGGUUAGGGGUUGAAGAGUAAAGAAUGGAUAUAUUGACUGAGGAAGACUUCGGGAGAGCUCAAGAUAGGCUUUUCAACAGGCUUAUUUUAUAGGAUUUUUAGAGAUUCUUGACGGAUUGUGAGCUAUUCUUGGAGGAGGGGGGUUGCGGGAGCUGGGUCUCUUCACAAAUCACAAAGGAUUGAUGCUAUUUGGGCUGGGAUUGGUCUGUUCAUUGGCAGAAGGGUCUGUCGAUUGUUUCUGCCUUGUCGUGGGCCCAGAUCAGCACGUCCUAGGAAAGCUAUGGGCAGGGAAGGCUAGUGCUGGGAGAAGAUGAACUGGUAUAAUAGGUCCUUGGCCUCUUCUAGAAGGCAUCUGCCAUGGACCCAGGUAUAAAGAUACAGCCUGUUUGACCUAUUUCAAAGAAUAAGAACUGAGAGUGACCACUGGGACACAGGUUCUAGGGCUCUGAGCCAGUUGGGUGCCUCCAUUAAGGUGGGUGUUUUGAGGCAGGCUGUGUAGGCCAGAGGGCAUGUUUGGAGGCUGGGCUGUGAACCACCCACACAUACUGCUCAGUACCUUUGCAUGUGCUGCUCUCUGCUGAAUACCCAUCUGACUGGCAAAGUGUUACUCAUCCUCCCAAAUAGCCUAGUUGUUUCCUACUCCAUUACUCCCAAAGCAGAACUAACUUCUUCAUCUGCACUCUCAAAGCACUACUUGAAGUGUGCAGCUUCAGCAUUUAAAUACUGUGCAGCGAUUGCUCUGUGCGUUAGGCCGCGGUCUUCUCAACCCAUAUUUAUCUUUGUAUUCCCAGAGCUGGUCACUUGAGAGCCAUCUAAGGAGGUGAUAAGGAUGACAGCAUCCCGCUGAGUGGGGCCAAUGAGAAGCAGGGGUGUUGCAGGAACCCAGGUUCAGGCACACCUAGUGACUAUGGAAGGAGUAGGCGGUCAGGAGGACUUCAGUCGGUAGAACUGGUGGGACAUUGAGGCUUGGUGAGAGAAAGGAAUCUGAAGCAAGUCUUGGGUUUCUGGCUUGAGCAACUGGGUUGGCUGGUGAUGCCAUUCAAAAGGUUGGGGUUUUGGUACCUAGGUGUCCAUUUGGAAGGGGGACAGAAACUCAGCAGCCAGAGGAGGUCGUUCAAGUCAUAGGAAUGGAUAAGAUGUCCAGAGUAAGACAGUGAGGAGAGAAAAUGGCUUGGAAUAGAACUCUCAGGAGCAUUUAAUGGAUGAGUAAGGGAAAAUGAACCAGUAAAGGUGACAAGAAGAGAAGGUGGGGCCAGAGAUGGAGGAGUAAAACCAGGAGAGUGGAUGUCUUAAUGUGGAAGGAAUGGGGAGGUUGUCGGCUGUCAGAUGCUGUUGAAAGGUCUAUUAAGGUGAAAGAGAGGUCAGAUGGCAGCAGGGAGAGGAUUGCUACGUAAUGUUGAGGGCCUGGGGUUUAAAUUUAUAGUGAUAUUAUUCAUAAAUGUAUAGUUAUGUCAGUCAGCCCAGUGGUGUGGUUAUCUCUGCCUACUCAGGAAUCUAGGUGUAGCUGUGAGUGAGUACUAAGGGAUCAUCCAGAGUUGGAACCUUGCCACACUAUUGAAAUGAAAUCGAGCAAAGGAAUUUCAGACAGUUUGCAAGUAAGUGAUUGCUAUGCUGGACCAUGGAAUUUUGUAGAACAGGUGAGUGGAGUGAAGACAGGAGUAGGUUGUUGCAUUGGGGGUAACUGAACAACUAACCUGGGAGAAUGGGAGACUGUGCUCAGAAACUGGAAUGCCUGAAUAAUUCAUAUUGGAAGCAGAGUGGUUCCAGGCAAUUGCCAAGUUUAGAGUGUAGUUAUAGGGGUGAGUGCCUGAUAGGCAUGCACGGGAGGUUGCCUGAAGAUUGGUUAAUGCAUGGAGGGCUUAGAUGUUGGGAGGGGUUCUACAUAGACUUUGAAGUUCUCCAGUAUUAUGGUAGAAAUUAGCAUGGGACAGGGACUUCCCUCAUGGUCCAGUGGUUAAGACUCUGCUCCCAGUGUAGGGGGCCUGGGUUUGAUCCCUGGUCAGGGAAGUAGAUCUUGCAUGCCUCAACUAAGAGCCCGCAUGCUGCAACUAAAAAUCCUGCAUGCUGUAGCUAAAGAUCCUGCAUGCUGCAACUAAGACCCAGCACAGCCAAAUAAAUAAAUUAAAAAAAAAGAAAGAAAGAAAUUAGCAUGGAACAGGUGCCAACCCUUGGAAGGGGGCAGAUCCAGCAGAUCUGUAGACAAAGAGUAGGAGAGGCGGGAAUUUCGAAAGGACAGAGGGUUCACAUAGCCUACUAGAGAGACUUCCAUUUUGGGGGUGAUGUGAGGCUGGUGAGUGGAGCUGGCUGUUACGCAGCCAAGACAAAAUAACCCUAAAAGUUCUCUCCAACUUGUUGGGGAUUACUGGGGAGUAAACUGUUGCUGCAGUUCCAUGGGAUAGGAACCUCCUGGGAUAACAGGGAGGCAAGUCAUAAAGUCUAAGGGAUGUUUUGGAGUAGCAGGGCAUCUGUCUCACUGUAGGACACACAUCACCUUUUCAUAGCUCCAUAUCUCUGUUUCCCAAGUGUUAUUUAUAUUCCUAGAUCUUGAUUAAUUUUCCCUGUUUUGUUAUGGUGCUCAGCAGGACAGCUGGGGUCUGCCUUCCUCGCUCUUUUACUUUCCUCCCUUACUUAAAAUUUGGAUUCUUUCUUUGCCUGUUCUGGCUCCAGCCAUCUGAAUAAACAUCUUUCUGGGUUUCACUCAGGCCCCCGGCUCCCCCUAACUCAGCCCAGCCUCCACCUGUGUUUCUAUCAGUUCUGAAAGCAGGACUUUCCUGAGUCUGGGUCCUUCCUGCUCCAUCCUCAGCUUCAGGACAAGCUCUUGUUCAAGUCCAUUCCUGGGCUUCAGUGUGUAAUAUUGAGAGCUUAGACUGAAAAGAGAACAAUAUUUCCUUAAGAAAUAACAGCAUGCCAGCUGCUUAAGGAACAAUAAGAUCAGUUUAAGGAACAAUUUGAGAACAGAGUGAAGGAGUGGCAGUUGUAGCAAGAAGGAAACAGGAGUGGGAAAUAGUCUAAUUGGAGACUCCACUGGGAGCAUUUGGGAGCUUGAAGUAUUUAUUCCUAAAGCCAAGAAAUUGGUGAACUUGGAGUCUUAACUCCUGCCCUAGUAAUUCAGAGGGCAGGCAGAGGCUCACUAACUGUUUCACUGGUGGAGCCAGGGGUGUGCCGCUGCUUUUGCAAUGGCCUCUGUUCCCAGAAUUUGCCAUGGCAAGCCAUGCAUGAGUGUAUCCUGUGCACCUUGCCGGAGAGGGAAGCGUCGGUUGGUUUUGAGUCCUGUCCGGACUUGAAGUAGGACCGGACUUGAAGAGGCAAGGAAACCUCAGCACAGAGAAGCUAGGAGUGUGCCAUGUGGGCUGAGGAGGGAUUCGCAGAAGACAGCCCAGAAUAAAGCUGCACCCACCAGGGUCAAGGGGACUGCAGGAAAGGGACAGAAAGAUGCCCCCUUUAAAUAUCUGCCAGGCCCACGGGACACAGAAACAUCUUGCCUGUGUGUCAAGCAAGAACUUUUUUAUCCUCUUCUUUCUCUGCAGUUGGGUCCAGAGCAGUCAGCCGCUAUUAAGUGGAGAGGAGGUGAGAAGAGCAGAGAGCAUACAGAUCAUUCUUCCCUUCCCCAGUGCAGGCUCCUUGACUUAAGUGGGGCAGAGCUGGGAGGUGAAAAUACUGACAGUUAAAGCUACAAAUAGGUGCAGAUUAUUUAUUGUUACAUAGGAUUAGACUUUGUAAUCACUUGAGAUUGAGUUUGUAUCUUAAAGUGACCCUAAGACGUCUAUGAACAAAGAAUGAGCUGAAAAGUCACAAGCUUGCUGCAGCUUCUCUCUAAAUGAAAAAGGGUUAGAGGGGUGGUGGGAGACUAGAAUAAAGUUGGGUUUGGAUAGCAGUCUGUGCUCAUGCUUCCUCAGCAUCCCUUCUAGAGGUUUAUUGCCCCUGCAGUCAUUGGUGUGCUCCAGAUUUUGUUCUUGUAACACAGUCCUAAGGGAACACAGUUCCCAAAGAAACAUGAUCUUGGCAGAGACACAGCUCAGCUCCAGUCACUCAGCCACUUACGUAAUUGCACAAAGCCCUUUACAGAUUUUCACAGAGACCUCUAAUUAGGUCGUCCUGCAUCCCCGGUGACUUCCCAGGCUGGCCACUCAUUCUAGGAUAUUCAACUACUGCAGUAACCACCUUACUGGUCCAAUUGCUUCCACUCCUUUCCCCAGAGCAAUUAAUUUUCCACAAAAAGUGAGCUUUUUAAGAUGUAAAUCAGAUAUGUCACUUCUCUGCUUAAAAUCCUUCAAUGGAUUUGCACUGCUCUGAGAACAAAAGACAGAUUCCUUCCCAGGCCCUAUGUGAUCUUGCCCAGGCCUCCCUCUCCAACUGCACCUUAACCUACUCCCACAUGAAAACGCCAGCCGUGCAGGCUUUCUUUUCAUUCCUCAAACGUUCCAAGCUGUUCCUACUUCUGGGUUGUUACAUUUGCUAUUCCAUCUUCCCAGGAUACUUUUCUCUGGUGAGUUCAUUUUCAUCUUCCAGAUCUUCACAUCAGCAUCACCUUUUCUUCUGUGGAAACAACAGGCUAGAUGCUCACCAAAAUGUCCUUUCCCUGGACAGACAGUUAAAUUACAUUUCCCAGCUCCUUGCAUCAAGGUGGGGCUGUGUGCAUAGUCCUCCCCAGGGGAAAGUGCGUAGAAGUGAUGUUUCCCUACCAGACCAGAGCAGUUAAAGAGUGGAUGAGCCUUCUCCGUAUUCUCCACCACCUCCUCUGCCUUCCAGGGUGACCUUGAAACACAUGUUUUGAAGAUGGAAUCAGAGCAUAGAAGAAGUGUGGAUAUUUGAGUCCCUGCUUAGAGGAGAAUUGCUUGACCAAGAACAUCCACAUUGGCUUUGACCAAAGAAUAACCUCUAUUGCAUUAAUUUAGUGAGUUUGGGUAAUGUUACAGCAGUUAGCAUUAAAUACCCUGGCUAAUGUAUCUUCUCUGGACAUCCUGUCCACCUUAUUCUUGAUCACAAAACCCUUUUUGUUUCCUUCGGGUUGCUUCAGACAUUUAACUGUCUUACCAGAUGCCAGUCAACACUUCCCCCCUGUUCUAUGAGUGUACUCCUAACUGGGGAAAAAAUACUCACAUGAGGAAGUUGAGGUACUGAUUUUAUCAGUGUAGCAGUUACAUUUUGAUUUUGACCAAGGAAGGAAGGAAGGGAGAAAAGAAAGAAAGAAAGAAGGAAAGAAAUAAAGAGAGAGAGAGAAAGAAAAGAAAGAGAGAGAGAAAGAAAGAAAAGAAAGAAAAUCCUCCUUAAAUAAAUUAGAUGUUUCUUCUCAUUAAACUGCAAACCUGAUGGUUGUUGGCAUUGAUUCAGGAAUUCAAGGACGUGAGCAGUUAGGUCUGUGUGAUUCUCUUGAUUCUCAUGGUCACGAGGCGGAGACACCCUACUUACUAUCACCCUUCGCAGGAGUCUUGCAGGUUGCCACAGCCCCUAUCUUUUUGGCCUUACUUCAAGGGUCCGUCUACGUUGUUAAUACCCUGGUGUAAAUAUGUUCCAUUAUUUCCUAUAACAUGGCUGAGGCCAAUCUGAAAUAUUAACAUUUUACAUAUGUUUGUCUCCCCUGCCCCUUCCCAUAUCUCAGUGGCCUAUCAGCAGCUCAUCCAGUUCAAAGCUGUUCUCCCUCCAGCUCAGUGGGGUGGGGAACCCUUCACAGUCUGUUUCUUCACUCAUUCUUUACCUCCUCUGUCACUUUGAGGAUUGGGAUGAGGGAGGGCAUAUUAGAGGCAAAAAGGCUAUACUUUGGUUUAGUUUAGCUUCAUCAGUGUGUUCUACUAAGACAGGCAUUUAAAUGUUGGCUCAGGGUGUGAGGUAUUGGGGUUCUUUGGGGGCACCCCAUGAGGACCUGUGCAUUAACUGGCUUUGGUUCCCUCCUUAUGGUACUCAGCCCACACUCCCCCUCAGCUCCUCAGCUCCUGACCCUGACAGCGUAUCCACAGCCUCCUAGUGCUAAAGGCCCUCACCCUGGUGGGCAGCCCUCCUGGGAGAGGUCCCAACAAACACCUGAAGAGUGGUUACCUUUCUGAGAGCUCCCAGGAAGCUCAUGCAUGUUUGUCCUGCCACACAGCAGAAGUGCAGACCAGCCAGCAGCUGACUCCUUGCCCCUUGCCCUGCGCCAGCGAGCCUGACUCUGACCUCUCCAUGUCUCCCUCUGUGUGGCUCCAAACCCUCUCAAGUGAUUCAGGUUACUUUCUCCCAAGAAGCCUCUGCCCCAGGCUCCACCCCAGUGACCACAUGGAGCUGGGUCUAUAAGUUUCUAAGUGAAGCAAGCCUCUCGCUAGAGCAUGUAACGCCAAAUGAAUAUAAGGUCUCUCCCUCUCAUGGGAACACGGAAUGACUAUAAGCAGUUCUGUUGGAGCCCUCCUCACUUAAUUUAGGAUGGCAGGAACAGCACUGCUUCUUUGCCUUUCAGGGAGAAGUUCUCUCUGUUCCUAAAAAUUCCCAUCAAUGAAGCUUGCAUUUCUAACUUCAUGUACAAUAGGGAUGUUGGUGGGCUCUGAGUAAGCUUUAUUAUCUUGGAGGAAAUCCUAUGUAGAUAUAGCUAGCACCUUUAUUUAGCAUCCUCUUACUUGUGCAAGUAUUCUUGUAAAAUGUGGAUUAUUCUUGUGUGUGUGCUGUAUUAUAGAGUAUUGUCAGCAAAUCUUGUCUUAUUUCUUACUUUUUUUCCUUCACUCAGCUGUGUUUUUAUAUCCGUUGAUGUAUCAAUCAGGGCCCAGGCAGGAAAACAGAAACCACACUAAGUGUUUCAAAUAGAGGGCAUUUAAUGCAGAGAAUUGAUUACAAGUGAUAGAGGCUGAGUCAAAAGAAGGUGCUUGAUGUAAUUAAAAAUUAAGAACUGGAGAAAUCAGAUAAUGCCCCAAGGCCCGGGAAAACAAAAGGGAAGAAGGGAUGUGAUUACCAGAAACAAGGAGCUCAGAGAGGGGGCCCCUUUGACUGGUCAGUACUCAGACCUUUGUCGGGGAGGCUCCAUCCACAUAUCUGGUGCUUGGACUUCUGAGGAAGGAGAUGGCCUUGAGGGUGGGGGAGCAAGGCCUGACUGUUCUCUGAGUGCCAAGCGGGGAGCUGACCUGCUGCUCAUGUCGCAGAAGUGUAGCAAGGCUGCUGCUGAGUGCACAAGAAGCUAGUAGCCAGAGCCAACUGUGCAGCUGAAGUAAUGUGACAGCAACUGGGAAACAGCAAUGGAGACCCUCCCCCAUGUUUCACUUUCAGUUUCCCUUUAUGGCAUUCCCUUGGCAGAACCUAAGGGAACCACCUAGCAGUGGAUUCUGGGAAAUACACUUUGCAGAGUCACAGCUGCAGCAGUACGACUCCAGAUUUUGUGUGUAUGUGGGGCUUGAGAGGGAGGUGUGCUGCAGAGGGAGAUACGGAGAGUGUAGGAGCCAAAAGAAAAUAGGUAAAUAACCAGUAUAUUCCAUGUAGCUGCUCAUACAUCUAGAUUGUUGCUUCUGUCAGCUGUGAAGUAUUUCAUAAUAUGCAUCCACCAUAUUAAAUGUUACCCAUUGGCCUGGUUGCCUCAAAUUCUUUGCCAUUUGGAGAAAUUCAAAUCCUUGCAGCUAGGGUUCUGAGUACAAAAUAAGUUCCCCCCAUUAGAUGCACUCAUUUGAGAUUUGGGAGGGAAGGCUGCUUGGCUGAAGGCAGGGUUAGCUGUUGGGCUUUCUGCAGCAGUGUUCCCCGUUGAAGCCGAGGACAAAAUAAGGAUGCCUACUGUAGUGGCUAAAGUUCAGCAUAUUCUGGAAGUUCAGUAGGUAAAACAGAUCUCCUCUGCACAAAUUUGGCCUUAAUAAAAUGGUUAAGGAGAAAAAUUAUUGGAACGAUAUCAAUAAGUUUCUCAGAGAACUAAUGGAAAGUCCAGAGAGUGAGGCUUACAGAACAGACAGGAACCAAGGGAGGAUGAACAACUGCGAAAACUAAGGUCAACUUCGAGUCUGGUUAGGAUGGCACUGCUGGCACCAUUGCUACUUGACUUUUCUCUCGCUCUUGUUGGUACAUAGAUUGAUGCUGAGAAUUGUGUUAAUCCUCCUCUAAGUUCAUGGCACUGUGUUAGGAUUGGUUCAUGAAAGGCCCCUCUCCUGUUCUUUGUUAUUUUGUUUGUUUUCUUUAUUCCUGAUCCAUACUUCUGUUCCUCUUAUACCCCCACCAUGUGUUUGUUGUGUGCUCCUGGACACCUGUGUAUGUUUGGCAAAAUAGAUGGUGGCUUUGAUAUAUGUAUGCUGUGGCAGAGACUUGCCAGCUCUUCCUAGCACCCAUUUUCUUCUUCCUGGGAAAUUAGCUGGACUCUUUCCCAGCUUCCCUUAUUCUUUUUUUUUUCCCCCAUGUCUUUAUUGGAGUAUAAUUGCUUUACACUGUUGUGCCAGUUUCUGCUGUACAACAAAGUGAAUCAGCUGUAUUUAUACAUAUAUCCCCAUAUCCCCUCCCUCUUGAACCUCUCUCCCACCCUCCCUUGCCCACCCCUCUAGGUCAUCACCAAGCAUAGAGUUGAUCUCCCUGUGCUCUGCAGCAGCUUCCCACUAGCCAUCUGUUUUACAUUGGGUAGUGUAUAGAUGUCAAUGCUACUCUCCCACUACGUUUCAUCCUCUACUUCCCCCCACCCCGUGUCCUCAAGUCCACUCUCUGCGUCUUUAUUCUUGCCCUGCCACUGGGUUCAUCAGUACCAUUUUUUAGAUUCCAUAUAUAUGCGUUAGCAUACGGUGUUUGUUUUUCUCUUUCUGGGUCCCUUAUUCUCAAGCGUGGCCAUGUGAUUGAAUCUGGCAAGUUGGAUGGUAGUGGAACUGAGGUGUGCUGCUUCUAUGACUUGGGUCCUUAAAUUUUCCUAUGCACAGUCCCCCAUGUUAUUUCCACCUUGGCCUUUGAGCAUACGACCUUGAAAGCUACACAUUGAAGAUGAUGGAGCCAAACGAUGGAAGGAGCCUGAACAUCACUUAGAGGAGAGCCACCCAUCAAUUAGGAACAUCUGUUUUGGAUUUCACGUGAGUCAGAAAUAAAUCUCCGUCUAUUUGAGCCAUUAUACACUUGGUUGGUUGUUACAGUGACUAGUAAUCUUUUUUUAAAUCCCUUUUGAUUGAACACAUCAGAAAAGUAAACAGAAAUGUUAAGCCUAAUGCUUUAUCACAAGGCCAAUACCCUAGACUAAGAAACAGAAUGCCAUCAACACCCAAAAACCUCUUUUAUGUCACCUCCCAACUUUCUUUUCUCGAUUUCACAGUUACCAUCGUCCUGACUUUCAUGACAUUGAUUUCCUUGCUUUUCUUUUUAGUCUUACCAGUUGAGCCUCCAUACCUAAAUUGUAUAUACAGUCGUGUAUAAUUGUAUAUAUUUCCAUGUGUCUGGCUUCUUUCACUCAACAUUAGGUUUAUGGGAUUCAUCCAUGUGUUGAGUGCAGCUGGAUUUCAUUCAUUUUUAUUUCUGCAGAAAUAUCCCAUUCUAUGAAGAAACCACAGUUUAUUGAUUGAUCCAGCUGUUGGUGUACAUUUGAGUUAUAUAUCAAUCAGAAUGGGCUGGAUCAUGCUGCAGGAAAUAAGAACCCAAAAUAUUAAUGGUUUAACCCCACCAAAGAUAAUUCUUUACUAUUGCUGUAGGUUGGCAGGGAUGCUGUUGCUAGUCACCAGGGUACUCAAGCUAGUGAAACUCCAUUGCAAUACAUGCUUCCAUAAUCACUAGGCGAGAAAAGGAAACGAAACAGGUCACCCCCUGGCACCAAAAGGUUCAGCCCAGAAGCAACACAUGUCCUUUUUGCCCCUGUUUAAUUGGCCAAAACAAGUCUCAUUGCCCUAUAUAGCUCCAUAGAUGGUAAGAAGGUACAAGCCUACCGUGUACCCAGAAGGAAGAGGAACAGAAUGUGAACUGCCUAGUGACUGGUUUGUGGUUCCUACAAACAAUGUUGCUGUGAGCCAUCUUGCAAAUGCCUCUUGUGCAUGUGCACAUGUUUCUGUUGGAAAUAUAACUAGAAGUAAAACUGGUCAUGAAAUAUGUAUAUCCUCAACUGUAAUAGUUAAUGCUAGACUGUUUACAAAUUUUUCAGUUUAUACUCCCUUCACCAGGUAAAUGAGUGUUCACUUAAUCAAUAUGAGAAUUCACUUUAUUCCAUAUCUUUGCUAUCUGGCAUCGUCCCCCUGUUCCAGUGUAUGUGUUGUGUUAUGUCCUUUGGUUUAACUUUUCAUUUCCCUGAUUACUAAUGGGAUCGACCUUUUCGUGGGUCUACUGGCUGAUUGAAAAUCCUCUUCUAUCAAGUGCCUGUUGAAGUCUCUUGCCCAUUUUGUCUAAUGGAUUGUCUUUUCUGUGUUGAUUUUUGUAGUUUCAUAUAUGUGUGUGUGUUGGUUAUAUGCACUACAUAUAUUUUCUCCCAUUCUGUGGUUUACUUUUUCACUCUCUUAAUAGGUGUUUAUGGAUGAACAGAAGUUUAAUGUAACCUAGCUUAUCAAUUGUUCGUGGUUAAUGCUGUGUGUGCCUAUUUAAAGAAUCAUUUCUACCCCAAAAUGAUGAAAUAUCUUGCUAAAUUAUCUUCUGGAAGUGUUAGUGUGAAAAGUAUUCUUUUUCAUAGUUCUAUAACCCGUGUGCAACUGAUUUUUCUGUGUGGUUAGAAUAGGAGCCAAGUUUAAUUUCCAUCUAGAUAUCCAAUUAAUACAAAACUGUUCAUUGAAAAAAAAUUUUUCCUGUUGCUGUCUACCUUUCUGUAUUUUUCUACAUAUGUGCAAGUUUGUUUCUGGGCAUCCUAACCUGUUCCUUCGUCUAUACAUCUAUCUUCACAGCAGUCCUAACUGUUUUAACUACAAUAGCUUUCUAAUCAGUCUUAGUAUGUGGUACGGCAAGUCCCACAUGUUGUUCAUCUCCAGGACUAUUGUUGGACCUUUGCACCUCCAUGAUUGUCAAGUUCCCCAAACACCCUGAUAGGAUUUUCUUAUUCUGGAUCAGUUUGGGGUGAAUUGAUAUAAUACUGAGGCUUCCAAAUCUGUGGUCUGUGUGCGCCAUUUCAUUAAUUGCUGUCAAUAAUAUUUUAUAGAUUUAUGUGCAAAGUUCUUCUUGCACAUCUUUUGUUAGAUUUAUUCCGAGGCAUUUACUGUUUCUUUUUUAAGUGUCUUGCAGAUGGGAUCUUUAGAAAUUUCAUUUUCUGCUUGCUUGUAUAUAGAAAUACAACCAAUUUUUGUGUGUUGACCAUGGAGCAGCACCCUUGCUAAAUGUAAAUAACCUUACUAACUCUAAUAAUUUAUCUGUAUUCUUUCAUUUUCUAAAUAUAUUAUACUCAUAUCAUCUCUGAACAUCAUAUCAGUUUAUUUCAUCCUUUUUUUGGUCACUUUUUAAAAAAAAUAAAUUUAUUUAUUUAUUUAUUUAUUCAUUGACUCCAUUGGCUCUCUGUUGCUGUGUGUGGGCUUUCUCUAGUUGCGGCGAGUCGGGGCUACUCUUCAUUGCAGUGCUCAGGCUUCUCAUUUUGGUGGCUUCUCUUGUUGUGAGCUCGGGCUCUAGGCACGUCAGCUUCAGUAGUUGUGGCAUGAGGGCUCAAUAGUUGUGGCUCACAAGCUCUAGAGCACAGGCUCAGUAGUUGUGGCACAUGGGCUCAGUUGCUCUGUGGGAUGUGGGAUCUUCCCAGCCCAGGGAUUGAACCCGUGUCCCCUGUAUCGGCAUUCUUAACCACUGUGCCACCAGGGAAGCCCUAUUUCAUCCUUUCUAAUUCUAUCAUUUAUUCUUAUCCCUCCUGUGCUCCACUGGUCGGGAGAUCCAUCACUAUGUUCAAGAAAAGUGAUGUUGGUGGAAGUCUGAUUCAUUCUCAGACCUGAAGGAAAAGCUUUCAGUAUUUCAUUGAGUGUAUAUUUGAAAUGAGAUUCUGAUUAAUGGUUGUCAGAUCAAUAAUGUGCUCCACUUGCUAUUACUUGUGUCAUGAAUUGGGUUUUGAAUUUUGUCAAAUGCUCCUUCUGAAUUGAGAUGAUCAUAUAUUUUUAAAAAUUCUGUCAGUGUAGCAGGUAAAAGAUAUGUUUUGAUAUGUGAAAUCAACCUUGAGUUUUUGGAAUAAAAUCAGCUUAGUUGAUUAUAUCCUUUUUUAUAUUGAUGAAAUCAGUUUAACAACAUUUUGUAUAGGACUUUUUAAUCUGUGCUUAUGAGUGAAUGUUAAGUGAUAUCUUCCUAUAAAUCUUUCUUUCCCACUCAACACAGUGCUUUUAAGUUUUCUUCACAUUGUUAUAUGUACCUAUAACUCGCUUUAACCUUUUCAGAUGCUCUAAGGGCUUCCCAUCUCACUCAUAAUAUAGCCCAGAGUUCUUAGUAUAACUGAAAAAGCCCUUGUAUUAUCUGGAUUCUAGUUAUCUCCUAACACUCACCCCCUUUAUGCACACCUUUCCAGCCAUACUGUCCACUUUUCUAUUUGUUGAAUAUUCUAGGCAUGCCCCUGCCUCACGGCCAUUGUACUAUUUCAUCUACCUGGAAUAUUAUUUUCACAGAUGUCUUUAUAGCCUACUUCCACUCUGUAUUCGGGUCUCUGUUCAAAUGUCAAUGUAUCAGAUAAUCCAUCUCUCUAGCCAAUACUUUAAAAAAAAUUUUUUUUUUUAAGUCAAUACUUUCUACUGCCUUACCACGUUUAGUGUUUCUUCAAGGAACUUAUCACCAGCUUUUAAAUUACAUAUUUAUUUGUUUAUAUAGUUAUUGUGUAUUUCCCCAUACUAGAAUGUAAAUUCCAAGAGAGUGGGGACUUAGCUGUUUUAUUUAAUACUGUAUCUCUGAGAUCUAGUACAUACUUGCAUCUGACAUCUGUUUAGUGUUCCAACACGUAUUUGUUUAGAACAUUUAACAUAGCCAUUCAUCUAAAGACAUUUAGAUUAUCCAAGUCCUUGUGACUACAAAAAAUUA